AGCCCGGCUCGGCCCCGGCUCGCUCGGCGCAGCGCCGCGCGCGUCCCCUCGCCGCCGCCUCCACAGCCAGGCGCCCCGGCAGCAGGCCGCACGGACGCAGCGCGCACGGGCCAGCCGGGAUGCGCGCCCGGGCUCCGGCCCGCCCCAAGCCGCGGCCGCCGCCCGCCCGCCGCGCGCUCGCCUGACCGCGGCGGCGCCCGCUCGCCCGCCCACCCCCGGCCCCUCGCGUCCGGCCCCGGCCGCCAUGCCCGCUCCCCGGGGCCCCGGCGGCCCGCGCCCUUGCUAGGCUGCGGCGGCAUGGCCCGCGCGCCCGGCGCGACCUCUGCGGAUUGCAUCGGUGUGCGGCGGCGGCGGCGGGGCAUGCCCAGGGCACCGGGCGCGGCCUUCAAUGGGCGAGGACACGGACACGCGGAAAAUUAACCACAGCUUCCUGCGGGACCACAGCUAUGUGACUGAAGCUGAUAUCAUCUCCACCGUCGAGUUCAACCACACCGGGGAGCUGCUGGCCACUGGCGACAAGGGAGGCAGGGUUGUCAUCUUCCAGCGGGAACCAGAGAGCAAAAAUGCACCGCACAGCCAGGGCGAGUAUGACGUGUACAGCACCUUCCAGAGCCACGAGCCUGAGUUUGACUAUCUCAAGAGCCUGGAGAUAGAGGAGAAGAUCAACAAGAUCAAAUGGCUCCCGCAGCAGAACGCUGCCCACUCGCUCCUGUCUACCAACGAUAAGACGAUCAAGCUAUGGAAGAUCACAGAGCGAGACAAGCGGCCCGAGGGCUACAACCUAAAGGAUGAAGAAGGGAAACUAAAGGACUUGUCCACUGUGACGUCGCUGCAGGUGCCAGUGCUGAAGCCCAUGGACCUUAUGGUAGAGGUGAGCCCACGGAGGAUAUUUGCCAAUGGCCACACCUACCACAUCAACUCCAUCUCCGUGAACAGUGACUGCGAGACGUACAUGUCGGCAGACGACCUGCGUAUCAACCUCUGGCACCUGGCCGUCACCGACAGGAGCUUCAACAUAGUGGACAUCAAGCCAGCCAACAUGGAGGACCUCACGGAGGUGAUCACGGCGUCUGAGUUCCACCCUCACCACUGCAACCUGUUCGUCUACAGCAGCAGCAAGGGCUCCCUGCGGCUGUGUGACAUGCGGGCGGCUGCCCUGUGCGACAAGCAUUCCAAGUUGUUUGAGGAGCCUGAGGAUCCCAGCAACCGCUCCUUCUUCUCAGAAAUCAUUUCCUCUGUGUCCGACGUGAAGUUUAGUCACAGUGGCCGGUACAUGCUCACGCGGGAUUACCUCACAGUCAAGGUCUGGGACCUAAACAUGGAGGCCAGGCCCAUCGAGACCUACCAGGUCCAUGACUACCUGCGGAGCAAGCUCUGCUCGCUGUACGAGAACGACUGCAUCUUUGAUAAAUUCGAGUGUGCCUGGAACGGGAGUGACAGCGUCAUCAUGACCGGAGCUUACAACAACUUCUUCCGCAUGUUCGACCGCAACACAAAGCGGGACGUGACCCUGGAGGCGUCGCGGGAGAGCAGCAAGCCCCGGGCUGUGCUCAAGCCGCGGCGCGUGUGCGUGGGCGGCAAGCGGCGGCGCGACGACAUCAGUGUGGACAGCCUGGACUUCACCAAGAAGAUCCUGCACACGGCCUGGCACCCGGCUGAGAACAUCAUUGCCAUUGCGGCCACCAACAACCUGUACAUCUUCCAGGACAAGGUCAACUCCGACAUGCACUAGGAGUGCCCCCCGCCCAGC